AUGGCCAACGAACAAAUCUCCCUGCCCUACUUUGUCGGUGUGCUGGUGUUCGCCGGCCUUGUGAUCCGCUAUCUCUUCUUCUCCGGCACAUCAGCGCAAUCGACCACCCGAUCCCCCGAGGCCUUUCUGCGGUCGAGGGAGGCGGCCGUCGAGCGGAUACAACAGAUGUUUCCGCAGACGGACCGGCGAAGUAUCCUCUGGGAUCUGCAGCGCAACGGCGGCAACAUCCAGGGCACCACGGAGCGCAUUCUCUCCGGCCGCUUGGAAACGCCUCCCGUUACCUUCCAGCCGCCGCCGCCACCCGGCCAGAGUGCCUCGGCUCAGGGCGCGCCGGCGACGCGGCCGGUCGACAAGCAGCCGACGCAGCCCGAUCUCAUCACACGAUACAACCUAAAAGACAAAAUCGACGCCGAGGCGAAGGGCAGCGACGACGGCAAGAGCAAGGGCUGGAGUUCCAAUCGCGAGGAGAGACAGGCGUCUCUGCAGCGACGGCGAGAUGAGAUGAUCUUGGCUGCGCGGAGAAAGAUGCAGGCCAAGAUAGCAGCGGAGGCAUCGGGGGCCGCUCAAUAA